AUGGGCGAAACACCUGAGGUAGUUAAAAUUAAUAAAUGGGACGGCGCUGCAGCAAAAAAUGCCAUUGAUGAUGCUAUUCGAGAGGUUUUAACAGGAGAUCUCAAGUGUAAGGAAAGUUUUGCACUAAUUGAUGGACGGCUGUUUUUGUGUGCCUUAGCUGUUGGUGUUGCUCUAUAUGCACUCUUAUGGGAUUAUCUUUAUCCAUUCCCUCAAUCUAGAUUGGUUCUUAUCAUCUGUGUAUCCUCUUACUUUAUUCUAAUGGGGAUCCUUACUUUAUACACAACAUUUAAAGAAAAAGGCAUAUUUGUUGUUGCUCGGGAAAAUGUCGGAAACAACACUAGAAUAUGGGAAGCAAGUUCAUAUGUUAAAAAGCAUGAUGACAAGUACAACCUCAUUAUUGUGAUGCGUGACUCAAAUGGUAAAAUGCGAGAGGCUUCUAUCAACAAAUCAUUCGCCAACUUCAUUGACACAAAUGGGACUGUUGUACAAAACUUGGUACUAAAUGAAAUAAACAAACUUUACAAUUCACUGUCAUCUGAGAAAAAGGAGAAG